ACGCCCCGCCCUCGGUCUCCGUUGCAGCAAAGGAAACAGGCCAAGGGACUGGGCCCAAGGACGGCGUGUAGUGGCCACUUCUCAAAUCCAAGUACAGGAGAGCCGCCCAUGGAUUAACGAGACUGAUUAAAGGCGUGAAUCAGGGCACGUUUUAUUCAGGUGUUGCUGGAAGGUCGAAAUUGUCUUCUCUGGAAAGAAUCAUCUCCUCUUUGGGUUUCAGAGGCCCAAAUUGAGGCACAAUGGUGAGAGAAUGUGGUGGUCCACUCUGAUGUCAAUCUUGAGGGCUAGUUCUUUUUGGAGGUGGAUAUCUGCUCAGACAAUAAGAAUUAUAAGAGUUCUGAGAGCUCAUUUUGAAGGAAUAAUGGAUGAGCCCUCUCCCUUGGCCAAACCUUUGGAGCUGAACCAGCACUCCCGAUUCAUAAUUGGUUCCGUGUCUGAAGAUAACUCAGAGGAUGAGAUCAGCAACCUGGUGAAGUUGGACCUGCUGGAAGAGAAGGAAGGCUCUCUGUCACCAGCUUCUGUUUGCUCAGAUACACUUUCUGAUUUGGGGCUCUCUAGCCUGCAGGAUGGGUUGGCCUUACACAUGAGGUCCAGCAUGUCUGGCAUGCACCUAGUUAAGCAAGGUCGAGACCGAAAGAAAAUAGACUCACAGCGAGAUUUCACCGUGGCUUCUCCAGCAGAAUUUGUUACUCGUUUUGGAGGCAAUAAAGUGAUUGAGAAGGUUCUUAUUGCCAACAAUGGCAUUGCAGCAGUGAAAUGCAUGAGGUCAAUUCGUCGGUGGUCUUAUGAGAUGUUUCGAAAUGAGCGUGCAAUCCGAUUUGUUGUCAUGGUCACACCUGAAGAUCUUAAAGCCAAUGCAGAAUACAUUAAGAUGGCAGAUCACUAUGUGCCAGUGCCUGGAGGACCAAACAACAACAACUAUGCAAAUGUGGAAUUAAUUCUUGAUAUCGCUAAAAGGAUCCCGGUACAAGCAGUGUGGGCUGGUUGGGGUCAUGCUUCUGAGAACCCCAAGCUUCCGGAACUUCUCUUGAAAAAUAGCAUUGCCUUCAUGGGUCCUCCGAGCCAGGCUAUGUGGGCUUUGGGGGAUAAAAUUGCAUCUUCUAUAGUAGCUCAAACUGCAGGAAUCCCAACUCUUCCCUGGAGUGGCAGUGGUCUCUGUGUGGACUGGCAGGAGAAUGAUUUUUCAAAACGUAUCUUAAAUGUUCCCCAGGAACUAUAUGAAAAAGGUUAUGUAAAGGAUGUAGAUGAUGGUCUGAAGGCAGCAGAAGAAGUAGGAUAUCCGGUAAUGAUCAAGGCCUCAGAAGGAGGAGGGGGGAAGGGAAUCAGAAAAGUCAACAAUGCAGAUGACUUCCCUAACCUCUUCAGACAGGUGCAAGCUGAAGUUCCUGGAUCACCUAUAUUUGUAAUGAGACUAGCCAAACAGUCUCGUCAUCUGGAGGUGCAGAUCCUAGCAGAUCAGUAUGGCAAUGCUAUCUCCUUGUUCGGUCGUGAUUGCUCUGUACAGCGCAGGCAUCAGAAGAUUAUUGAAGAGGCACCAGCUGCUAUUGCUACUCCAGCAGUAUUUGAACAUAUGGAACAGUGUGCGGUAAAACUUGCCAAAAUGGUUGGUUAUGUGAGUGCUGGCACUGUGGAAUACCUCUACAGCCAGGAUGGCAGCUUCUACUUUUUGGAACUGAACCCUCGGCUACAAGUGGAACACCCUUGUACAGAGAUGGUUGCUGAUGUCAACCUUCCUGCAGCACAACUCCAGAUUGCCAUGGGGAUACCUCUGUAUAGAAUCAAGGAUAUUCGUAUGAUGUAUGGAGUAUCUCCCUGGGGUCAUGCUCCCAUUGAUUUUGAAAAUUCUACUCAUGUUCCUUGCCCAAGAGGCCAUGUUAUUGCUGCUCGGAUCACUAGUGAAAAUCCAGAUGAGGGUUUUAAGCCCAGCUCAGGAACAGUUCAGGAAUUGAAUUUCCGCAGCAAUAAGAACGUGUGGGGUUAUUUCAGUGUUGCUGCUGCAGGCGGACUUCAUGAAUUUGCUGAUUCUCAAUUUGGUCACUGUUUUUCCUGGGGAGAAAACAGAGAGGAAGCAAUUUCAAACAUGGUAGUGGCUUUGAAGGAGCUGUCUAUUCGAGGUGAUUUCCGAACUACAGUUGAAUACCUGAUCAAAUUGUUGGAGACUGAAAGCUUUCAGUUGAAUAGAAUUGACACUGGUUGGCUGGACAGACUGAUAGCAGAAAAAGUACAGGCAGAGCGACCUGACACCAUGUUGGGAGUUGUAUGUGGAGCUCUGCAUGUGGCAGAUGUGAGCCUGCGGAAUAGUGUCUCUAACUUUCUUCACUCCUUAGAAAGGGGCCAGGUCCUUCCUGCACAUACACUUCUGAAUACAGUAGAUGUUGAACUCAUCUAUGAAGGAGUCAAGUAUGUACUUAAGGUGACUCGACAGUCCCCUAACUCCUACGUGGUGAUCAUGAAUGGCUCGUGUGUGGAAGUAGAUGUUCAUCGGCUAAGUGAUGGAGGAUUGCUCUUGUCUUAUGAUGGCAGUAGCUAUACCACAUACAUGAAGGAGGAAGUGGAUAGGUAUCGCAUCACGAUUGGCAAUAAAACCUGUGUAUUUGAGAAGGAAAAUGACCCAUCAGUGAUGCGCUCACCUUCUGCUGGGAAGCUGAUCCAGUAUAUUGUGGAGGAUGGAGGCCAUGUGUUUGCUGGCCAGUGCUAUGCUGAGAUUGAGGUAAUGAAGAUGGUGAUGACCUUAACAGCUGCAGAGUCUGGCUGUAUCCAUUAUGUCAAGCGGCCUGGAGCAGCUCUUGACCCUGGCUGUGUUAUAGCCAAAUUGCAAUUGGACAACCCCAGCAAGGUCCAGCAGGCUGAGCUUCACACUGGUAGUCUGCCACGGAUCCAGAGUACGGCACUUAGAGGCGAGAAGCUCCACCGAGUUUUCCACUAUGUCCUGGAUAAUCUGGUCAACGUAAUGAAUGGAUACUGCCUUCCAGAUCCUUUCUUUAGCUCCAGGGUAAAAAACUGGGUAGAGCGGUUGAUGAAGACCCUCAGAGAUCCCUCCCUGCCACUCCUAGAAUUGCAAGAUAUUAUGACCAGUGUCUCUGGCCGUAUUCCCCCUAAUGUGGAGAAGUCUAUCAAGAAGGAAAUGGCUCAAUAUGCUAGCAACAUUACAUCAGUCCUUUGUCAGUUUCCCAGCCAACAGAUUGCAAACAUCCUAGACAGCCAUGCAGCUACACUGAACCGAAAAUCAGAACGAGAAGUCUUCUUCAUGAACACUCAGAGCAUUGUACAACUGGUGCAGAGGUACCGAAGUGGCAUUCGGGGCCACAUGAAGGCUGUGGUGAUGGAUCUGCUUCGGCAGUACCUGCGUGUGGAGACUCAGUUCCAGAAUGGUCACUAUGACAAAUGUGUGUUCGCCCUACGAGAGGAGAACAAGAGCGACAUGAACACUGUACUGAACUACAUCUUCUCUCACGCUCAAGUCACCAAGAAGAAUCUUCUGGUCACAAUGCUUAUUGAUCAGUUGUGUGGCCGAGACCCUACUCUCACUGAUGAGCUACUGAAUAUCCUCACAGAACUAACUCAACUCAGUAAGACCACCAAUGCCAAAGUGGCACUUCGAGCACGUCAGGUUCUUAUUGCCUCGCAUUUGCCAUCAUAUGAGCUUCGCCAUAACCAAGUGGAGUCUAUCUUCCUAUCAGCUAUUGACAUGUAUGGACAUCAGUUUUGCAUUGAGAACUUGCAGAAACUCAUCUUAUCUGAAACAUCUAUUUUUGAUGUCCUGCCCAACUUCUUCUAUCACAGCAACCAGGUAGUGAGGAUGGCAGCUCUGGAGGUAUAUGUUCGAAGGGCUUAUAUCGCCUAUGAACUUAACAGCGUGCAACACCGCCAGCUUAAGGACAACACCUGUGUGGUGGAAUUUCAGUUCAUGCUGCCCACAUCUCAUCCAAACAGAGGGAACAUCCCCACGCUAAACAGAAUGUCCUUCUCAUCCAACCUCAACCACUAUGGCAUGACUCAUGUAGCUAGCGUCAGUGAUGUGCUCUUGGACAACUCAUUCACGCCACCAUGUCAGCGGAUGGGCGGGAUGGUCUCUUUUCGGACUUUUGAAGACUUUGUCAGGAUCUUUGAAGAAGUGAUGGGCUGUUUCUGUGACUCCCCACCCCAAAGCCCCACAUUCCCAGAGGCAGGUCACACAUCUCUAUAUGAUGAAGACAAGGUCCCCAGGGAUGAACCAAUUCACAUUCUGAAUGUGGCCAUCAAGACUGACUGUGACAUUGAGGAUGACAGACUGGCAGCUAUGUUCAGAGAGUUUACCCAGCAAAAUAAAGCUACCCUGGUUGAGCACGGAAUCCGGCGUCUUACUUUCCUGGUUGCACAAAAGGAUUUUAGGAAACAGGUCAACUAUGAGGUGGAUCAGAGAUUUCAUAGAGAAUUCCCUAAAUUUUUCACCUUCCGAGCAAGGGAUAAGUUUGAAGAGGACCGUAUCUAUCGUCACCUGGAGCCUGCCCUGGCUUUUCAGUUAGAACUGAACAGGAUGAGAAAUUUUGACCUCACUGCUAUCCCAUGUGCUAAUCACAAGAUGCAUCUGUACCUCGGAGCAGCCAAGGUGGAAGUGGGCACAGAAGUGACAGAUUACAGGUUCUUUGUGCGCGCAAUCAUCAGACAUUCCGACCUGGUCACCAAGGAAGCUUCUUUUGAAUAUCUACAAAAUGAAGGGGAGCGACUGCUCCUGGAAGCAAUGGAUGAGUUGGAAGUCGCUUUUAACAAUACAAAUGUUCGUACUGAUUGUAACCACAUCUUCCUCAACUUUGUGCCCACAGUCAUCAUGGACCCAUCAAAGAUUGAAGAAUCUGUACGGAGCAUGGUAAUGCGCUAUGGAAGUCGGCUGUGGAAAUUGCGCGUCCUCCAGGCAGAACUGAAAAUCAACAUUCGCCUGACACCAACUGGAAAAGCAAUUCCCAUCCGCCUCUUCCUGACAAACGAGUCUGGCUAUUACUUGGACAUCAGCCUGUACAAGGAAGUGACUGACUCCAGGACGGCGCAGAUCAUGUUUCAGGCAUAUGGAGACAAACAGGGACCACUGCAUGGAAUGUUAAUCAACACUCCAUAUGUGACCAAAGACCUGCUUCAAUCAAAGAGGUUCCAGGCACAAUCCUUAGGAACGACAUACAUAUAUGAUAUCCCAGAGAUGUUUCGGCAGUCCCUGAUCAAACUCUGGGAGUCUAUGUCCACUCAAGCAUUCCUUCCAUCACCACCACUGCCUUCUGACAUGCUGACAUACACUGAGCUGGUUUUGGAUGAUCAAGGUCAACUGGUCCACAUGAACAGGCUUCCAGGAGGCAAUGAGAUUGGCAUGGUAGCUUGGAAGAUGACCCUUAAAAGUCCUGAAUAUCCAGAAGGUCGCGAUAUCAUUGUUAUUGGCAAUGACAUCACAUAUCGAAUUGGGUCCUUUGGGCCCCAGGAGGAUUUGCUGUUUCUCAGAGCUUCUGAGCUUGCCAGGGCAGAAGGUAUCCCACGUAUCUAUGUAGCAGCCAACAGUGGGGCAAGAAUUGGGCUGGCAGAGGAAAUUCGUCACAUGUUUCACGUGGCCUGGGUAGAUCCUGAGGAUCCUUACAAGGGAUUCAAGUAUUUAUAUUUGACCCCUCAAGAUUAUAAGAGAGUCAGUGCUCUCAACUCUGUCUAUUGUGAACAUGUGGAGGAUGAAGGAGAAUCCAGGUACAAGAUAACAGAUAUUAUUGGGAAGGAAGAGGGACUUGGAGCAGAGAAUCUUCGAGGUUCUGGAAUGAUUGCUGGAGAAUCCUCAUUGGCCUACGAUGAGAUCAUCACCAUCAGCCUUGUGACAUGCCGAGCCAUUGGGAUUGGAGCUUACCUUGUCCGGCUGGGACAGAGAGCCAUCCAGGUUGAGAAUUCUCACUUAAUUCUGACAGGAGCUGGGGCCCUCAACAAAGUCCUCGGGCGGGAAGUAUACACCUCCAAUAACCAGCUUGGGGGCAUCCAGAUCAUGCACAACAAUGGGGUGACCCACAGCACAGUCUGUGAUGACUUUGAAGGAGUUUUCACUAUUCUCCAUUGGCUGUCUUACAUGCCGAAGAGCGUGCACAGUUCAGUUCCUCUCCUGAACUCCAAGGAUCCUAUAGAUAGAAUCAUCGAGUUUGUUCCCUCAAAGGCCCCAUAUGAUCCUCGAUGGAUGCUAGCCGGCCGUCCUCACCCAACCCAGAAAGGCCAGUGGUUGAGUGGGUUUUUUGACUAUGGAUCUUUCUCAGAGAUUAUGCAACCCUGGGCACAGACUGUGGUAGUUGGCAGAGCCAGGCUAGGAGGAAUACCUGUGGGUGUAGUUGCCGUAGAAACCCGAACAGUGGAACUAAGUAUCCCAGCUGAUCCUGCAAACCUGGAUUCUGAAGCCAAGAUAAUCCAGCAGGCUGGCCAGGUUUGGUUCCCAGACUCUGCAUUUAAGACUUACCAGGCUAUCAAAGAUUUCACCCGUGAAGGGCUGCCUCUGAUGGUCUUUGCCAACUGGAGAGGCUUCUCUGGUGGGAUGAAAGAUAUGUACGACCAAGUGCUGAAGUUCGGUGCUUACAUCGUGGACAGUUUACGCGAGUGCUCCCAGCCUGUACUGGUUUACAUUCCUCCCCAGGCCGAGCUGCGGGGCGGCUCCUGGGUUGUGAUUGACUCCACCAUCAACCCCCGGCACAUGGAGAUGUACGCUGACCGAGAGAGCAGGGGAUCGGUUCUGGAGCCAGAAGGGACAGUAGAAAUCAAAUUCCGCAAAAAGGAUUUGGUGAAAACCAUGCGUCGGGUGGACCCAGUCUACAUCCACUUGGCUGAGCGAUUGGGCACCCCAGAGCUAAGCCCAGCUGAGCGGAAGGAGUUGGAGAACAAGUUGAAGGAGCGGGAGGAAUUCCUAAUUCCCAUUUACCAUCAGGUAGCUGUGCAGUUUGCUGACUUGCAUGACACACCAGGCCGGAUGCAGGAGAAGGGUGUCAUUAAUGACAUCCUGGAUUGGAAAACAUCUCGUACGUUCUUCUACUGGCGUCUGAGGCGUCUCCUGCUAGAGGACCUGGUCAAGAAGAAAAUCCACAAUGCCAACCCUGAGCUGACUGAUGGCCAGAUCCAGGCCAUGUUGAGGCGCUGGUUCGUGGAGGUAGAAGGAACUGUGAAGGCCUACGUUUGGGACAAUAAUAAGGACCUGGUAGAAUGGCUGGAGAAACAGCUGACAGAGGAAGAUGGCGUUCGCUCAGUGAUAGAGGAAAACAUCAAAUAUAUCAGCAGAGACUAUGUCCUCAAGCAGAUCCGCAGCUUGGUACAGGCCAAUCCAGAGGUUGCCAUGGAUUCCAUCGUCCACAUGACCCAGCACAUCUCACCCACUCAGCGAGCAGAAAUUGUACGGAUCCUCUCGACAAUGGACUCCCCUUCGACGUAGGAGGAGAAGAGCUUCCUGUUCCCUCCCUGCCUCCAGAGAAGGGGCCACAGAUGCUUUUUAUGACUGAAACCACUGUAAUGAGAAGGCAGCAGAAGACCCAACACUGGAAUCAAAGUGGCAUUUUGCUUUUCCUCAAAUGUGUUCAGGUUACGCAUGAUACAUUCUGGGCUACAGGAUCACAAAGCCCCACUCCAGCCCACUGGUCCCACCUAUCCCAUUCAGUAUUUAUUAUCCUGGCUGUGGCUCUAGUCUGUCUCCCUGAACAAAACCUGAGAAGACAAUGAAGGGUACAAGCAUGUACCAUGAAGUCUUACUACACAGCCACAGGGCUGCCUCCCUGACAGCUGGUGGUCCCGCCAUGGGGAAGUGUGAGGAGUUGUCAGCAGUCCUGCCUAACUCCCAGCUCCAUGAGCCUGUGGCCACAGGGCAGCAGAGGAGGGCUGGGGACAUAGGCCCUGCACAGGUCUGAGAAGAGGAAGCCUCAUGUCAGUUGUUUCUUAACCUCUACAUUCAGCCCCGCUCACACUAGACACAGGUAGGGAAUCAGUCCCAGUUUAACCACAUUAGGAUACCUAUUCAUUAGGAAGGAAUUAGAGUAUGAAAUUUAUUGCAGGCUCCCUGAGAACUCACGAUGAGGGAAAAACCAUGAUCCAAGAAGCAAAAGACUUAAGUCAUUGUUCUUGACUGAGGGGCUGCAACCUCAGGUUAAAUUCUCUCAGAACAGAUGGAA